UGGAGUUCAGAAGUCAGAACUAUCGUAGCUAGUACAGCAGGAAGCUUCUCAGAAGCUGUCAUCUCCUGCUUCACACUCAAGGAAUGCAAUAUUUUCCUCAAAAAAGAUUUUGGAUAUUAACAGAAUUCCUGGAUGUAUCAGAGAAUGACCUGCAGCUUGGGAUCCAUUUGUUUAUUUCCCCAUCAUACGGCAAGAGCAAGAGAAAGCGGCCAUUUGUUGGUUCCUCCUUGCUUCUAUCUGCCUUGUCGCCUUGGCCUCCAACAACAAACUCUAACUGUCCAAGGGUAUACGCUUUUUCACUUUUAUUAUCUUCUCUUCUCUAAAGAGAUUGCUUGCUGCUUCUUCUCUCUGGUAUGGUAGCUCUAGCACUAACAGUUGGUGACUGAGCAUGGCUGUGGUCAGCAGAGCUCGCGCUUCUCCCCCUUCGCCGUCAUCAUCACCAUUGCCGGGCUAUUCCCCUCGGUCGCCUCACCCUGAGGUGGAGAGGAUGUUCAUGCGUGGAGGGAGCGGGCGGUCAUCCAACGGUAGCGGUACUAACAGGAGCGCCAGCCUCAGAGAGAUCGAUGAGGAGGCUGCGACCAUCUCUGAGCCAGAGGAGGACAACGAUAGCGGAGGGAAGCUGCACGUGGCUGUCGGGAAGGACCUCAAGGACAGCAGGUCCAGCCUCAUCUGGGCAGCCGGGAACCUCCUGCACGGUGGUGAUCUCAGGCUUGUCCUGCUGCAUGUCCAUCAGCCUGCCGAGAGGAUUAUGAACGGAUUAUGCAAGGUCCCUGCAAGCCAUCUGGAAGAAAAGGAGCUCAGAGCAUACAGAAGGAUCGAGAAGGACGAUAUGGAUGCACUUUUAAAUCAGUACCUUAAUUUCUGCAGAAUAUCUCUAAAGGUGCAAGCCGAAACACUAGUGAUCGAGAAGAACACUCCUGCACAUGGCAUUAUAGAGCUCAUUGAUAAGUAUCACAUUACAAAGCUUGUUAUGGGAACAUCUUCCGUCUCAGUGAAGAGGAACAUACCAAAAUCAAAAGUUGCAGCCAGUGUUCACCUACAGGCCAAACCAUAUUGCCAGAUCUUCUAUGUUUCCAAAGAGACUCUUGCUUGCUCUAGGGAAGCCACUCAGCUCUCUGUGAAACCAGAGUCACCCAGAAGCAGCUGCGCGAGCUCUCUCUCAGAUCAAUCUGAGUUCCCUGCAAGAUCAGCGUCAUUGCCACCAGGUCAUCCAGGUUUCUUAGGCUCUGCAGAUCAAGAAGCCCUUCCUCGACGCUCCAACUCAGUUAGUUAUCCCUUGUCAGGAUCAAUAGUGGACAGUGUGGAAAACCUGUCACUUGCAAGGCGGCAAUCGAUUGAUAUGACAUCAACAGUUUUCUCACCAAAUUCCAGCCAACAAAGCACUGUAGGAUCCUCAUUAGAUCUGAAGGAUUUGGACAGUAUGGAUGGAUCGCCAACACCUGUUUCAAUAGCAAUCUCUGAACAUCAGCAUUCCAUGGUGGAAACAGUCAUACAAAAUGAAGUGUUUGAGCAACUGCACCGAGUCCGCAAUGAGCUAGAGCGCUCAAGAAAGGAAGCAUCUGAGGGACGGCAGAAAGCCGAGAAGGAUCUGUAUGAAGCCUCGAUGAAGUUCAGAGCACGGGAGAAUUCACUCUGCAGAGAAAAGAAGGAGGUGGAGGAAAGACUGACCAGAGAAAAGGCUGGCCUCGAAAAAGAGCACCUCAAUAUAUGCAACGAGCUGCAGAAGGCAAAUGGGAAAAGGGCAGAGCUGGAGAACAAGCUUCUUCAGGCCAAUUGCAGAAUAGAAGAGCUCCAACAGCUGCAAGGAGAGCUGCAGUGCGAGAAAGACCAUGCUGUGAGAGAAGCUGAAGAGAUGCGCCAAAUAAAUGGUAACAUUGUAUUUGGCUCCACUGGUGCAGUUGCCUUGACAGAGUUCAGCUACACAGAGAUAAAAGAAGCAACCAGUGACUUUGAUGACUCCAAAAAGAUUGGGCAUGGUGGAUGUGGAAGCGUCUACAAGGGCUUUCUCCGUCAUACUACUGUGGCUAUAAAGAAAUUCAACCGUGAAGGCACAACAGGAGAGAAAGAGUUCAAUGACGAGGUAGAAACACUUUCUAGGAUGAGGCAUCCGAACCUUGUCACUCUGAUAGGAGUUUGCAGGGAGGCCAAAGCAUUAGUUUUCGAAUUCAUGUCAAACGGAAGCCUAGAGGACUGUUUGCAGUGCAAGAACCAAACACAUCCACUCUCGUGGAAAAUGCGCAUCAGAAUUGCUGCCGACAUCUGCAUAGGACUUAUUUUCCUCCACUCCAACAAACCAAAAGGCAUUGCCCAUGGUGAUCUGAAGCCUGACAAUGUCCUUCUCGACGCUAGCUUUGUUUGCAAACUGGCAGACUUCGGGAUCUCUCGUCCCCUGAAUCUGACAAACACCACUGUCACCCCAUACCACCGAACAAACCAAAUUAAAGGCACAAUGGGAUACAUGGAUCCAGGAUACAUUGCUUCAGGGGAGCUCACAGCGCAAUAUGAUGUUUACUCUUUUGGAGUAGUUCUGAUGCGAUUGCUAACUGGCAAGAACCCCCUCGGCCUUCCGAACGAGGUGGAGGCAGCCUUGAGCAAUGGACUGUUGCAAGAUAUAAUGGAUGCCUCUGCAGGGGAUUGGCCACCUGAGUACACUGAAGAAUUGGCAAGACUGGCACUGCGAUGUUGCCGGUAUGACAGAAAGAAGCGCCCUGAUCUUGCAAACGAGGCCUGGGGUGUUCUGCAAGCUAUGAUUAACUAUCCAGAUGACAAAUCCGCGACACCAUCAUUUUUCAUCUGUCCAAUGACACAGGAGAUCAUGAGGGAUCCACACAUUGCAGCUGAUGGAUUCACAUAUGAAGGUGAGGCUAUAAAGGACUGGCUUCAAAGGGGGCAUAAAAUGUCCCCCACGAUCUACCUCGACCUCGCACACCAUGAGUUAAUACCGAACAAUGCCCUUCGUUUCGCAAUUCAAGAAUGGCAAAUGCAACAGAAACCGUGAUUUUAACCUUCCAUUUGAUUUGUAUUAUGUCAUGUUUUAAGUGUGCAUAGCCUAGAGAAAGUUUUUCCCACUUGAACAGUUAGCACUUUCUCAAUGUUUGGAGCACACAAAUGUGAAGUGAUGUACAUGAAUUCAGACUCAUUGUUUGGAAUGAACUUGCAUGCAAUGUAACUUCAGCAAUAGGAUUGAAUCAAGAAAAAAACUUUACCAAGA